AUGCUUAAAUGGAUUCAGGGCGGUAUUUCCGCUGUUACCGGGCUUGCUGAGCCUGAGUACGGUGAAGAAUGCAUUCAUCCCAUCACCGACAAAGUAAAGGGUCUGCAGCCCUUCCAUCAAACCACAAGGGAAGACUUCCACUGGCAAAGCCCUAGCCACACCAAUGUCGAGACCGUGACUUUCUACUUCUCGGAUAUCAAGCAGGGCUACACUGGUUUUGCCCAAGUAAUCCACUCCAACAUCGUUGGAUUGCACACCACUGCUCAGCUGACCUUCAGGAUCUACAACGUAAACUCGCCUGAGUUCAAUAUAUGGACCUCAACCAAGCUGGAAAACUUCCGUCUCGACGGGCCCAACUUCUAUGCCGAUGGUCUCUCCAUCGAAAUGAAUGAAGAGGGUUCCCAGGUCAGAUUCCAAGCGUCUGUAUCUGCUGACACAACCAUCGAUUUGACCGUCGACCGUGCGGUGCCGGGCGUUAAGGUGGGAGAAAAUGCCACCACUUACUACGGUGACGACUUGGAGCAGCCUUGGGGUACCAUGAGACACGUUUUCUGGCCCAGAAACUUGUGUCACGGAUCGGUGAAAAUUGACGUCAGCGUUGGCACGGAGGAGCCUUCUUACCAAGAAGUGACUUUCUCUAAAGAGACUCCAGCCAACUCGAUGUUCGUGAUGGCGCUACAGGGUAUGAAGCCAAACCACGCCGCCAAAUCAUGGAACUUCAUUAACUUCCAAUCUGAAACGCAUUCCGCUGUGCUCAUGGAAUUCACUACGCCCAAAUCGUACGCAAACACCAAAGUGUCCAUCGGUAUACUGUGCGACACCGAAAACGUGAUCGCCGUUACCAUAGAUAACCAGGUGAACCACUUGGACGCUCAGGUCGAUUCUGUGGGCUGGCCCGUGCCGCAAAAGAUCGAAGCUAAUCUCGACGGUGUUGCUGCGACCGUCAGUGACAGCGAGGUUGCGACCGCCAAGCAUGUUACUGCCUCUAUUGUGGGUUCUCUAUCGCAACUGGUUGAAAGGGUUGACGUUAUGAAGGAAAUUCCCACCUUCAUUAAGAACAUCGUUUCCGGCGUUGCUGGUGCCAAGCCUUACAUCUACCAAUAUGCCAAUAGCUUCAAUUUGAAUGUUGGAGAGAACGAAAGUGCCGAAGGUUUGGGAUGGUGCGAAGUCACUUUCAUCUCCGAGGCGGAGGACGAACCACCUAAGGAUGAGAAUGCGUGA